AUGGUGCCAAUAGAGACCCCGAGACAAUCCGACAUUUGGCUUAAAGGAAAGCCUUCGUCAAAUCUUAAUUAUCUUCGCAAAAGUGGCAUAGAUCCAUGCAGAAUCCUGGAGCCUAAACGAAAGAAAUUACAGUCUCUAGAGGCUGAAAGAAUUAUGACCGUUUUUCGAGAAACAGUUCGGCGAAUGGAAAUCACUACGGCUCUCCCCUAUAUACUCAAUUCAUUAACCCGAUUUUCCAUUAUUUUCGGCCAGGAUUUGACAUCGCGUUUAAUUAGCCAUUUACACUUGCAACAUGCUUACAAAAAGGCACUUGCCGCGUUGGAGGGAAGUUUAAGGCAGAAUGUCGAGCAUGAAUCUCGUAAAGAAGGAGAUACCAAGACAGAGACUGGAUCAGGCAAUGUACAAUUUAGUAAUAACCCCAUUGUUAGCAUUACUUCGGCGAAUGGAAAUCAGUUAAGAGAUGAUCUUAAGAUGGAAGUGGAAUUUCUGGAAAAAGGAAUUAAAAGCUCAUUGAGGGAAAUACUCAGGUUUUUUAAAAAGAAUCCGAAAGCGAUUGAAAUAGUCACAGGUGAGAAAAGGAUUUAAAUAAUGGUGCUAGUUAUUUGUAAUUCCACAAGAUGUGUGUUUUCUUGCACUUACCACCUAGAGUAGCGUAUCAAAGCCAUUAAGUUUUAAUUUCUACAUUCUAAUCUUCCUUCUGAAACCUGUAAAUAAAAAAUCCUUUGAGUUAUUUUUGUUUUCUUUAUAUGUUUAUCUCUUACUCACUGUCUUGCGACUCAGUAAAGUCAGUAAAUGUUUAAUUUUUGCAGGCAGAUAAACCUCUGUUUUUUCCUUAAAACAUUAUUUUCAUGCUGCAGUGAUUUCCAUUCGUUUGUUUUCUUGUAAACAGAGAGCAAACAAGUCCGCAGCCAAGAGCAUACAGCUCUAUUGAACAAGCUGACAUCGGUAGAAAGUAUCAUGAAAGAGAGGCUAAUGACAUCACCAUUCGAGGAACAAGAAAUGAGAUCAAAGUUAACGGAUAUUAUUGAAAGAGAAAAGAAAACAACUGCAUUACGAGAAAAGCUUGAGAUAAAUUACCAGGCGGCUGUAGAAGCAAAGCAGUCUGAGGUAAAUUCACGGUUAUAUGUACUGGGUAUAAGCCCAUUGAAACAGAAAUAAUAAUAAUAAUAAUAAUAAUAAUAAUAAUAAUAGUAACACAAAAGGAAAAAUGAAAGUUUUUUAAUGUAUCUGGUUUAAUCUAAGGAAACAAUCUUCCCCAAGUCCCGACGACCAGUUAGGUGAUAUUGCAAUACUUUGCGCCGAACUGAACUCUUGGCGAGCUAGAAUGCAUAUCAGUAUUGUGAGUUAUUUUGUCUCAUGCGGAUCCUGACAUACAUAUCGAUGACCUAUGAUCGUCGAGCAAUAUCGAAAGAGUCCUGUGUGGUGAUUAGGAUAGCAUGGUGGCAAACCUUAUCUCGGUCAUGAAAUUGCGAAAAUGUGAAAUUCGUGUCAUGAUCAAGGGGUCGAUUAAAAGUCUCAGCCCAUUUAAAGAUUCGAGGUUAGCGACUUCAGAUUAGGAUGCUCUAUCACUGAGUUCCUUGGGAGUCUCGCAUAUCGUCAGGAUCAGCGACGUCAACAUGUAGAGAGCAAGAUUUAGGAGUUCUUACCCUUCUUUGAAUUUCUACAGUAAAUACAAAGUUUAUAAACUCUUUCAGAUUUCUGAACGAGAUACAACAAUUCUGCGGCUUCAGCUAGACUUGCAACUGAUCGAAAAGAUUCAUUCUGAACAACAGCGACGAACUUUGACAGAAGCCUUUAAACAAUGUUCCCAGGAGAGCGAAGCGUCAAAGACUAAAAUAGCAAAAUGUUAUGAAGAUAUAAACCUGUGUAGAAAGAAAAUCCAAGAAGAUAAAAAGGAACAUCGAGCAAAUGAAAACCUCAUGAGAAAGGUUGGAUGUUAAUGUAUACUUGCAGAGCCUUUGUGGAUGUUGCUUACUUCACUUUCACCCUUCCAAUUGCAAUCUCCCUCUUUCGCGAUCACUUAUACCCUGUUAGAAAUUAGGGAAAGAAAUAAGACAACUGAAGUAACAAAAGUCGUGAUAUUAGGGAUAUUAUAACUCCUAGUAGGAGACUCCUGUGAGAAAAUUAUUGAUAAAUAUCUGACCUGUUUCAUGACACCCCUUCACUUUUGUGAUCAUUAGAGGAGAUUCAAGAUAGCGACGGAAGUCUUCAACUGGGUCCAAAAAUACGAUGCAGAUUUAAGUAGUAGACAAGUGAGUGAUCUUUGUUUUAAAUGUAAGAUGCCUCCUUAAAAGAUCUUCCUUCAACUUUAUUUAACCAUACAAGAUUCGUCACAUCUUUGAGGUGCUCUAAAUUAAGGAAGUUUAUGUAUCCUUGGUGAUAUCACCCUUGCAUUUAUUCGGUGGGCCAGCGUUCAUUUCUUAACUCAUCUCGAGAGGAAUACCGAGCUUUAUUGAUCUCAGUUGUUGAUAACGAGUUGUCCGUACUUAUUGCAAUGACUAAUAGACGUCUGCUCGGAGACAUAAGGCUUAACAAGUAGAUGAGUUCGAUUACAUGUGUGCAUACUUAUCAUACACCUAUCCAAGCAAUCUCCAUUCACCAAAGAAAUAGGUGGUGACUUGAACUGGAUAGCACCAUACCAUCCCUUCUGUGGGCGGAAUUUGUUACGCCGCGAAACUGCGAAAAUGCAUUUCCCAUAUAAGGACACCAAAUAUGUAAAUCUUGAAUAUACAUGUGACAAACAACAGGCCUUAUUUAUCGUUGCCAAUUUUUUAGCAAAAAGACCUGCCAAUAAGUUACCUUCCGUCGGCUUUGAUGGAGAUUAAGCAUCGGUGAUCAGGAUAAAAUUACUGAUUAAUGACCGUCACCCUAACACUUAUAACCUUAGGAAUUUUAAUUCCAGGACGAAUACGACCUUUACACGCGCAUGUAUGAAGCUGACAAGGAUCAACUUGUGCAACUGCAAGAGCGGUUCGCAAUGUUAGAAAAACAAUACGACGCCAUUAUCGAGGAGCGACGUGUCGCGGAAGAGGAGAAAGCGAGAAAGAUGGAAGAGGAGAGAAAGCAGAACCAAGCCGCUGAAGUUAUACAAACUGUUUGGAGAAGUUACCAGUUCAGAAAACUCAUGCGAGGAAAAUCAAAGAAAUCCACAAAGAAAGGCAAAGGUGGAAAGUGA